CGCGAGGAGGCGCGCGGCCGGCGGCUUGGCGGUGCUCACUAGGUGCCCGAACGCGACCGCUCCUGGUGGGUCAUGUGUUGCAGUCCUCAGCUGGGACACCUCUACUUUCCCGCCACGGUGGAUUGCUUCUACAACUCGCCCAUCGCAACCUCCCAAGGUGUGUGCAUGUUUGGGCUAGGUUCGAAGCAGCACCACCAGCAGGACGGAUGUGACGAGCUGAAGCCCUCUUCGGUGGCGCAGCAAGCCGCCGGGGACCUCAUCAAAUCGGCGGUGACCUCUCUGGAGCAGCACGGGGUCGUGGUGACCGCCGGCCCCCCUCGGCCGCCCCCCGUCUGCAGCAGUGACUCGUCCGGCAUCGGGGGCGGCGGGGGCUCGGGGGCCGUGGACAACGACAAGCCGUCCAAGCAGAAGAGACACCGCACCCGCUUCACUCCGGCGCAGCUCAACGAGCUCGAGCGGUGUUUCAGCAAGACGCACUACCCGGACAUCUUCAUGCGCGAGGAAAUCGCCAUGCGGAUCGGCCUCACCGAGUCCAGAGUGCAGGUGUGGUUUCAAAAUCGCCGGGCCAAGUGGAAGAAGAGGAAGAAGACGACAAACGUGUUUCGUUCGCCAGGCGCCCUCCUUCCCUCGCACGGCCUGCCGCCGUUCGGCUCCAUGUCUGACGGUCUCUCGUCCGGAAUGUUCGGAACCACCGACACCAGAUGGGGCGUGACCGGCAUGACUCCAGGCCUGGGACAACUGAGCCAGAGCGCGAUGAGCGCGGCGGCCGGCUUCGGCCAGAGCAUAGGACAAUUGAACCAGGGCGGCUCGCUCGGCGCCGGCCUCAACUCGGGCUCCGGCCUGCCCAUCUCGUCGGGCAUGGGCUCGACGGGCUCCUACCAGCCGCACCACUACGGGCUCAACUCGCUCGGUUCGUCCGGCGGGCAACUCAACCCUCUUGGCGGCGGCGGAGGGUCCUCCGUCAGUCCAGUCACCGGCGGCGGCGGCCUCAACUCGUUGCUGCUGGCCGGCGUCGUGUCCGCCGCCAACGAGCACUCGCCGCCCCCGCCGCCCCCGCACCAGCAGCACUGCUCGCUGCUGCAGCAGUCGCCGCCUCCGCCCUCGAUGCACCUGAUGCACCAACAACAGCAACAACAACAACAACAACAGCAGCUGAGUCCAUGCGAGGACGGCGGGCCGAUGUCCGCGGAGGCUGACUGCCAAGGCGAACUGCAGGACGACUCGUCAGGUUCGUGGCGCUGCCACAGCAUCGCCUCCCUCAGGAGACGCGCCCUGAGCAUGCGGGAGGCGUCGCAGCCACCACCGCCUACAGAUAAGCGCGCCAAGGCUUCAUCCACAUCAAAAAUAAUAGUACACGAAUUUUAGUUUAGUUUUGGUUUCAACGCCAUGCGGGCGCUCGGGCUGUUCCAUCGUUUAGUCCAAAUCCGAGUCGGGCUGGCAUGCAGGAAAGUGCGUGUUUAAUUAAUAGAGGUCUCAGCCAACCGUCAAAUUUUGGGUCGCGUGGGCAGCCGCCGGCGAAAAAGGGUCGAAAAUUAAAAAGUGCAGGAGUAAAAAGUGGCCAGCCGCCAACUUAAAUCUCGCGGCUGAGACCUCUAGUUUCAAUUUUUCUCAUUCGUCAAUGGUCUUGCGAAAAUUUGUUUCACAUGAAAAUUACCUACUUUAAAAAAUGUCACAUGUUGUUCAAAUAAAAAUUAUUCUACAACUGGCCAAGAAACCCAACUAAAUCUUCCAAGUCUGUCAUAAAUUUAACUAUAGGAAGUUUCGUUCCAAAACAAAAUCAACGACGUUGAUUAAGAUUUAAUUUUCGGAUGUUUUCAUUCAGUAUUUCUCUCAAAUUUAAUAAGAAUGUGUCACAAAGCCCGUAGAAAAUAUCGUUCAUGAUUUAUUGAACCAGGCCAGCGUCUUUACGUGCUUUUGCUGUUAAUUUAUCAAAGCUUCACUUCUUGCAGGAUUUUUCGCGAACAAAUUUGUAAUCGUGCGUAUAUAGAAAUGCGGUGCACACUCCCGAGAGACGAGGCAGUAUACGAUUUUUUGUACAAAUUACACUGACACCCACCCUCACAAUAAUAAUCCGCGAAGUGUAUAGACCAAGAGAGACAUCACACACCCAACAAAAAGAUACCAAGUAUAACGAUCUAGCGCGUAAUGAAAUUGUACUUUUCGUCGUGAUCGGUGCAUUUAUUUUAAGAAGAGAGAUCAGAGCUAAUGUGAUUCGCUGCUAAUUUUCCCCCGACAGACAGACAGACACACACACACAAAUACACACGUAAUGCAGGUUACUGUUGAUGCCUGUGCGCGCGCGCGAAAUGUACACCUAGAGAGUAAUUAUCAAUUAUCAUGGUUAUUAUGUAAUGUUCUUGUGGCACACGCAGCGACAAAGUGCGCCAGAUAAAUGCGACUGUAGUGCAAUGUAUAGAAGAUAAUCAGUGUUCCCAUUUUGCUAUGUCUUUUAUGUUCACUCUGAUGACAAAGGAAACCUACUUAUUAUAUUAUACCUGAACAUAUUAUAGUUAACGUAUUGUACUUCUCAAUCGAUUCAUGGGUUGUAUUAUAUAAGGAUUAAUAAAUUAUGUACAUAUAUGAAAUUA